GAAGCUUGUCCAUCAUCACCACUACAACAUCUAGUGAAAGCUGGAGCAACGACAGCGGUAGUUCCUGCCGGAACUCCUCCUCCUAUGUCCAUCGACAAAUGAUACAGGAGGACGAGAUGAGCUCGGAGUGCAGCAGCGGUUGCCAAUCUGGUUGGACCAUGUACUUGGCCCAGUCCUCGGACGAGCAGAGCUCUCUUCGCCACAAAGAUGCUAGCUCCUUUCAUGAACAAGAAGAAGAAGAAGAAGAACAAGAAGAGGAGGACCUGUCCAUGAUCUCCGAUGCGUCCUCUGGGCCACCGCAGUUGCAUGAAGUUGAUGACGAGCGUGGCCACUACUAUCGACACUCCACCCCUCGCUGGGAAAGCAAUGGCUGCCUCCACUUUGCUUCAGCUCCCGCUGCUGCAAUGGGUAGGGAUGGUGGCAAGAAGAGGAGAGCGGAAGCAGCGCAGCAAAGGGAUCAUUCCUCUGUUCUGGAUGACACUGCCAGUUCCCAACUCCUCAGCAGUUCACAGCAUAGCAUCAAUGACUGCAGCAACCACAUGAAGCAAUCCAUGGACAUCUCUUACGGCUUCUCCACCACCCACUUUAAAGCAAGGUCUGCGCCACAGGAGCGAAUGGGCUACUCUCGAUCCUCUUCAUGUGUCAAGCCAACCCCGUCAAGACCAGUACCAAGGAAAGAGGGAAGAAGGAAGAUGUGGUGACUGGUCUCGCCUUGCUACCUGUUCCGAAGAAGAUGCACAAGGAUUCGUCGUCCACAUA